AUAUGCGAUGGCCCUCUACAAUCAGCACGUCUGCCCUGUUCACAACUGGUUGUACAACGAGUCGUGUGAGGAGCAGCUCCCUCUGCAGAGAGGACCUGAGCUGUGCUGCAGUCUGGACAACAUUCCACUCAUCAGUAAAUGUGGAACUCUGCCUCCUGAGAGUUGCUUCUUCAGCCUUGUCUGCAGCACGGGAUCCUUCAUGGUCAUGCUGAUCAGCCUGCUGCGUUACGCUCACGUCAUCGAGAGGCACCAGAACUGCGUCCUGAACACGGCGAGCCUUUCCACGGGCUGGAUCUGCGCCGCUGGUCUCAUCAUGGUGGGAAACUUCCAGGUGGAUUUUGCCAAAGUCCUCCACUACGUUGGAGCAGGAGUGGCCUUCCCAUCCAGCAUGCUGUUUGUGUGUCUUCAGUCGGCUCUGACCUACAGGCUGGCCAAAACCCAGGAGGAAUACCGGGUCGGUCACUUCCGAGUGGGGAUGGCGCUGUUAGCUCUGGUCGCUCUGGUGCUCAGUGGAGUGUUUUUCUGCCAGGAGAGCUUCGCCCUGCAGCACACCUCCGCCAUCUUCGAGUGGGUCUACUGCAUGAUCAUCAUGCUGUUUUACGGGACGUUUGCCUUUGAGUUUGGGGACAUGUCGGCGGAUACCCUGAUGGUGCUCUCCAGAGGAGGAGGAGGAGUGCACGGCUUCUCCCCUCCUGCACACAAGACAGACGCUGGUGGAGUGGCCAGAGAAUUUAUUGAUCCUGUAGAUGAACAAAACUGCUGCUGCUCCGCUGGAGGUCACAGGGAAACGUGAAGACCCUAAGGUGGAGGGCAGAUUCUGUAAAGACACACAAACUUCUACCCUGCGUGUAAAACUGCAGAUUGUUGCACAACAUCACACGUGCCUUCACCGAGAGGAGCUAGCUCCAUGUUUGUUUUAGUUCUCCUUAUGCAACGGUCGCCCUCUGGAUGCUCGGCUGGAGUCGCCUUUCAUCCGUCCUGGAAAUGCCUCAGAAGUCGCUCCGUGCUGUGACGGGUUCGUCGGGGUUUAGACGCUCGGAUUGUUUCAACUCAGGAAGAUUUGUUACAUCACAUCUGCUUUCACCCGUUCUGUCAGCACUGAGCUUCUCAGUGACAAUAGGAGUACGUUGCCGUAUGCCAAGAAUAAUUUUCUUUCAUCUGAAGUAUUUUUUUUAAAUAGUAAUCACUUGCAAGACUU